AUGUCAAGCAGUACCGUUCUCUUACCACUCAAUGCAUACGGGGCUGUGAAGUUUUCGCCAUGGGAGGCCUUUGACAAACUAUGGACAUUCGUGGCAGGAUAUCCUGCUGAAGACUUCCAAUUCAUUCCUGGGGAGACUCCAAUGGCCACACUGAGAGAAGCUCUUGGUACCGUAGUACUUUACUAUGCAGUUAUUUUUGGUGGCCAAGCAGUUAUGAAAAGCCGUCCAGCGUAUAAGCUGAAUGGUUUGUUUAUGGCACACAACUUGAUGUUGACUGUCGUAAGCGCUUCAUUGCUUAUACUGUUUGCGCAGCAGCUCAUUCCAAGUCUUUGGAAGUAUGGCCUGUACGAUGGUAUUUGUGGAGGAAGUGGAUGGACUAAGCCCUUGGUUACUUUAUACUAUUUGAACUACAUCACCAAAUACGUGGAGUUGCUUGAUACCGUCUUCCUGGUCCUCAAGAAGAAACCUUUAACUUUCCUUCAUUGCUACCAUCACCCAGCAACAGCUCUCUUGUGUUAUACUCAACUUGUCGGACACACCCCAGUAUCCUGGGUACCAAUCACUCUGAAUUUAUUUGUUCACGUCGUCAUGUAUUGGUACUACUUCCAGAGUGCACGUGGAAUUCGUAUCACCUGGAAAGAGUGGAUCACUCGUCUUCAAAUCGGACAAUUUCUCAUUGAUCUUGUCGCAGUUUAUUUUGCCUCAUGGAACUACUGGACUAGUACCUAUCACAAGUCUCUUCCUCACGUUGGAUCAUGUGCUGGUGAGCCAUAUGCUGCCGUCGCUGGGUGCACGAUCCUCAGCUCAUAUCUUGUCCUCUUCAUCUCUUUCUACCUCGCUACGUACAAGACAACCGUGAAGAGGACCACAAUCAAACCUCAAGAUGUUAAGAGCGGAGGAAAGUCAUAA